GCCGGGCCCAGCAAUCGACGGCCCCUUCUCCAUCGGCGUACGGUACCCGCUCCACUCCCCCGUCGUUCUCCAACCCCCGUCAACGUACAUCCCUAUCCUCUACCCACGCCCCAUCCCGCCCAUUGCCCCUGCUCCCCUUCUCCGCCUUUGGCGCCACGUUGCACGUCAGCUUCAACGUCGUCCUUCCCAGUCGUUCACGUGCGGCUUGCCUCUCUCUCUGUUUAUCACCCCUUAUCAAACCCCGCUUCCCCCCGUCUCUCUCUCUCUCUCUCUCUCUCUCUCUCUCUCUCUCUCUCUCUCUCUCUGUGCCCCGGCAUAUCUUCUUGGAGCCGACCACUGUGGUCGUCUUUUUGUUUUGAUUCUUAGACCUUCGGACAGGGCAUGUUUUGCAUGGCCACGCUUUUGCUAGUCCGCCGUCGUCGACACAUUCGACACUAGGCGUGGAGAAAGUUCGACGGGUGCAGCAAAAGUCACUGGAGCAAAGGGACCUUUAUCAUUGCGUUCAGAGCUUGUUGAUCUUGGGAUUGGUAAUCAGUAUGAAAGGCCUAGAUUUUACAGAGAAGCAGCGACAGCGGUUGGAGCAAGUGGAACACAGACUGGGCGAUGUCAUUGGCGCACUGCAUCGUUCGGUUUUUGUCAGUAUUGGUGAUGUGAUCGAUGUGGACCAUGAAGCAGGCUUCUUGCGGGGCCAUGGAACGCAGCUGGUGGAUGGGCAGUUAUUGGCGACGGUUUGUGGUGUGGUAGAGCGAGUAAAUAAACUCGUAUCAGUCCGUUCGCUGAAGACAAGGUACAGUCCUGAGAUUGGUGAUGUGGUUGUUGGCCGAGUGACGAAGAUAGCUCAGAAGCGAUGGAGAGUUGAUGUGUAUUCGCGGCAGCAUGCAUCACUCAUGCUUUCUGCGGUCAAUCUUCCAGGUGGUGUUCAGGUACCAGCAAACAUCUGUCUUAGUGUACAAAUUCCUGUUCAGACAGUGUUCUCCCAACCUUUGUUGCAGCCUGCCGUCUCGCAUCUAGUGCAGCAGGUGCAGCGGCCUGUACCCCAGGUCCCACAGCCUGGAGUUGCGCAGGUCCCGGGACAAGAACAGUGGGUUCCGAAGACUGCCAUCGCAUCACCCAAACCCUUCUCAGGUGAUAAGAAGGGUGAGGACCUCGAUACAUGGUUGAGGACGGUGUCAGUCUACGUGAAGUGCAAGUUAACCUUGCCUCACGAGGAAGUGCUUGUGGCUGCCUCCUAUCUUGAGGGGAGUGCAGCGAGGUGGUUAAGCGGGUACUUGCAGUUACAGGGGUAUGGUCAUGACUUCCAUGCUUGGGCAGUCACCCAUAAUGAUUUCAUCAAGGUGGUGGAGGAAAGGUGGCAUGACCCGCAGGAGGCUCAAAAGGCCACCGACGAUAUAUUGACCCUGAGCUCAAGGAAGUUCAGGUCAGAAAGGGAUGCCACGGACGUGAUCGAGCGUCCGAUCUAUUUUCUUGGAGUGCAUUACGACCCCUUGGUCUUACUUACCACUUACCUGAGGUGUCUCCCCAUAAAGCUCAGGAAUCAGUUGGCAAGUGAGGCCAUGAUCACGGUCCACAAUUUCCCCUCGUUCAGCAAGAAGGCCCUAGAUCUAGAGGCAAAGAUUGGGCAUGGGUACCAACCCACCACGGAUGGUCGGAAAUAGGCACUGCCUCCUAACUGGAAGGCCAAGGGGCACAUAGUGUUCGUUGACAACGAUGGUGCUGCCAUAGAGUUGGACGACGACUUCCAGAUGGGAGUAGGGUCAGCGUCGGGUAGCGCCGAAGCUUCAGGGGGUGGAGCAGUCGCUGCCUCAGUUCAACAAGGUAAGGCGAUUGGUAGACGCCAUGGAGGUUCCCGGUCAAAGAGUCAAGUAGACCCCAAUGCUCCUCCAUGGGAGAAAGCGGGGCUUACUGAGGACGUGUGGAGAGAUCGUUACUCCCGUGCAUCUUGUAUUCGCUGUGGCUAGUAUGGUCACAUGCAGUUGAAGUGCCAGAAUCGU